CAACGAACACUAACGCCGGGAUAGAUCUCUCUGUCUUCGGGCUAUUCCAGUUUGUACUUCACACUCUCAUAAAUCAUCUCCGGGACUCACUUAUACUUCUCACAGGCCUAAAGCCCAGAAGGAGACCGACAAAAAACAAUCGUUGUUCUCGGAGACCAACCACGAAGCCGCCGGGCAUAAUUAUAAGAAUGGCUCCUUUUCCGUCUGGGAACGGCGCUGAAGGAGACGAUGAAAGAGAGGAGGACGACGAGGAAGAAGAAGAGGAUGAGGAAGAGGAAGAGGAGCCGAGGCUUAAGUACCAGAGAGUGGGAGGCAGCAUCCCUUCGCUGCUAGCCAGUGAUCCGGCGUCGUGUGUUGCUGUUGCUGAGCGGAUGAUUGCCAUAGGCACUCAUUGUGGCACCGUCCAUAUCCUUGAUUUUCUUGGGAAUCAGGUGAAGGAGUUUGUUGCUCAUGCUGCUGUUGUUAAUGACCUUAGCUUUGACCUAGAAGGUGAAUAUAUUGGAAGCUGUUCUGAUGAUGGAUCCGUGGUAAUAAACAGCCUAUUUACUGGUGAGAAAAUGAAACUUGAGUAUCGUCGUCCAAUGAAGGCUAUUGCUCUGGACCCAAAUUAUGCAAGAAAAACAUCAAGGAGAUUUGUUGCAGGUGGUUUAGUUGGCCAUUUACAUCUCAAUUCAAAAACAUGGUUGGGCCAUCGUGAUCAGGUUUUGCACUAUGGUGAGGGUCCAAUACAUGCUGUGAAAUGGAGAACAAGUCUUGUUGCUUGGGCCAAUGAUGCAGGAGUGAAGGUUUAUGAUACAGCCAAUAAUCAGCGUGUAACAUUUAUUGAAAAACCACGAGGGAGCCCAAACAUGGAGCUUCUGUGUCCUUACUUGGUUUGGCAGGAUGAUACCCUGUUGGUGAUAGCUUGGGGAACAUCUAUCAAAAUUGUAUCAAUAAGAAUGAAUCUCUAUAAACAAGUCAAUGGGAUGAACAGGCCAGUCCCAAUAUCUAGUAUGAACCAGGUGGAUAUCGUGGCAUCUUUUCAAACCUCCUAUUUAAUCUCAGGAAUUGCUCCAUUCGGUGAUGCUUUGGUUGUUCUUGCUUAUAUUCCUGGAGAAGACGGAGAACAGGAUUUUAGUGGAACUUCUCCAUCUCAGCAGGUAUCUCAUGUGCAUGCUGAAGGCGUUGUGGCUAUUGGCAAUGCACAAAGACCAGAAGUACAUGUAGUAACAUGGAACAAUGAUGAACUUUCAACAGAUGCUCUACCAUUACAUGGCUUUGAACAUUACAGGGCAAAUGAUUAUUCACUUGCCCAUGCUCCCUUCUCAGGUAGCAGUUAUGCUGGUGGUCAAUGGGCUGCAGGUGAUGAACCUCUUUACUACAUUGUGUCCCCAAAAGAUGUCGUCAUUGCAAAGCCAAGGGAUACUGAAGAUCAUAUUGCAUGGCUUCUUGAACAUGGGUGGCAUGAAAAAGCUUUGGCUGUAGUUGAAUCUGGUCAAGGAAGGAGUGAACUUCUUGAUGAGGUUGGAUCCCGGUACCUUGAUCAUUUAAUUGUGGAAAGAAAAUAUUCUGUAGCAGCUUCUUUGUGUCCCAAGUUGCUGCGAGGAUCAGCUUCAGCAUGGGAAAGAUGGGUUUUCCACUUUGCACACCUUCGUCAACUUCCUGUAUUGGUCCCCUAUAUGCCCACCGAAAACCCUAGACUGCGAGAUACUGCUUAUGAGGUUGCUCUUGUUGCAUUGGCUACAAAUCCAUCUUUUCACAGGGAUCUCCUUUCCAUUGUGAAAUCCUGGCCUUCUGUUAUUUAUAGCGCAUUGCCAGUUAUUUCAGCAAUUGAACCUCAGCUCAAUACGUCAUCCAUGACUGAUUCACUGAAGGAGGCGUUGGCUGAGUUAUAUGUAAUCAACGGGCAAUAUGGGGAAGCCUUUUCAUUGUAUGCUGAUCUUAUGAAACCAGAAAUAUUUGACUUCAUUGAUGAACAUAAUCUACAUGAAGCAGUCCGAGAAAAGGUUGUCCAACUGAUGAUGCUGGAUGGGAAGCGUGCAGUUGCUCUAUUUACUCAAAACAGGGACUUGAUAAGUUCACCUGAAGUUGUGAAGCAACUUCUGAAUGCUGAUAAGAAACGUGACUACAGAUAUUUUGUACAUUUAUACCUUCAUUCAUUAUUUGAAGUAGACCCACAUGCUGGGAAGGAAUUUCAUGAUAUGCAGGUAGAACUUUAUGCAGAUUAUGACCCAAAGAUGCUGCUCCCAUUUCUUCGCAGUAGUCAACAUUAUACCCUUGAGAAGGCCUAUGAAAUUUGCAUCAAAAGAGAUCUAUUGAGGGAGCAAAUCUUCAUCCUAGGAAGGAUGGGCAACUCAAAGCAAGCCCUAUCUAUGAUUAUAGAUAAAUUAGGGGAUAUAGAGGAGGCUGUAGAGUUUGUCACAAUGCAGCAUGAUGAUGAACUUUGGGAAGAACUGAUCAAGCAAUGCCUACACAAACCUGAAAUGGUGGGUAUUCUAUUGGAACACACUGUUGGGAAUCUUGAUCCCCUCUACAUAGUAAAUAAGGUUCCCAAUGGCAUGGAAAUACCCCGACUUAGGGAUCGGCUGGUUAAAAUUACCACCGAUUACAGGACUGAAACAUCACUCAGACAUGGGUGCAAUGAUAUCCUGAAGGCCGACUGUGUCAACCUGUUGGUUAAGUAUUACAAAGAGGCGAGGCAUGGAGUUUAUCUAAGUAAUGAGGUCGAGCCACGGUCUAAAAGAACUGAAAAUCAUGAUUCUCAGGUGGUUGAGAAAUCUACAAUUUUGAGAAACGUUGAAGUAAAGUCGAAGAAUCGGGGAGGUGGAAGAUGCUGUAUAUGUUUUGACCCUUUUUCCAUUCAGAGUGUGUCAGACUCGGUCGUUGUUUUCUUUUGCUGUCAUGCUUAUCACACAACCUGUCUAAUGGAUUCCACUGACACUAGCAGUAGCAAUAAAGAGAUUGAAGUCACUAACGGAAAGGCUGAACAUUAUGAUUAUAAUGGUUAUGUGGAUGAAGAAGAAUCCGAGAUGGAUGGUCAUCGUAUGCGUUGUAUAUUAUGUACUACUGCUGCCGGUUGAGUUGCGGGUCAAGUGUCCUAGGUCAACUGCCUGUGCUUCCGUGGUUGAUAUUCUAUUGUGGUUGCUUGCACUUAGUGCAUGGGCCUCACUCGCAUCAAUUCGUUGUCAAUAUAGUUUACAGAUUCUUCUAGUUAGAAACUUGUAGUUUUUCUUCAAAAUUAGUUUUCCUUGUGCUUAGUCACAAUUUUUUGUACUGGGAAAUGUUAGGAUGCUUAUACCCGAACAGAUCAUGGAACUGAGAGGAGUAAUAUCAAGUCUAUUAAUAUUUCAAACUUCUGCGAAA